CCUCGUCUACGGAAGCAACGUUGCUGUCAUUGGCAGAAGUUUUGGAAAGCACUUAAAACUAUGCCAGCUAAAAAUUGAAAAUCCUAAUCAGGCAUUAAUUGGAAUGCUCAACGCAACUCCUCUCGCAGAUUGGAUAUUUUCGACCUUAAACACCAGUGAACAUGCUUAUACGGAUAUAUCACCAUUGCAAUUGGAAGAAUGGUGGUGGGAAAAAAUUCAGGUUAAGCCUGAUUGGCUGCAGCUUCAGAAGACUUUAGAAUGGGUAUGGCAGGUUCAUACGUUUGGCUUGGCAUGUCUGUUCCUCUUCAUGGCUUGUGUAUCCUUUUUCACGUUCUUGAGUCUUCAAGCCCAGUUAUCUGCACGACCAAAUUUGUCCACUCUGAGCGUUUGCCUCUGUAUUUCAGGAGUGACCCAAUCCUUGGGUCUUUUCAUCGAUCCAUAUGGUUCCAAAGAAAUGAUGCCCAACGUUUUGACUGCCAUCCUAGGAGACUUAACUUUUCCUUGUUUACUGUCUUCUCUUUCGUUCCUGCAAAUCGAUUUUCAACACAUCAUUCAGAUUAAUGUGGAUCCUUCUAGCGUCACUAAUGAGACACUUUUGUCAGUGAUCAUCACGUCACAUUUCUUUCUGGUACUUGCCGCUGACAUUCUAUGGACGCUAAAAAGUAGUUAUCAGGUUAUAUGGCUUGUUACUCAGCUCAUUUUCACUGCAUGGGGAAUCUACUUGAGUUCUUCUUGUCUGUGGAAUUAUUCCAAAUUUUUGCGAUCACUGGUCAACUUCCCUUUAGUUUUCCUCUCCCGAAAUGACCUGAGCUUUAGCAGUCAGAAAGGUUUCUAUCACUUAGGAAGGCCCGCCCAGACGAGUAUAACGACAGUUACUAAAAGUAGAUUGGAAGUCACCUCUAGUCGGUCCAAGUCCUAUGACUACAUGAUUCAAGCACCACAAGGUGGUCUCACUUAUGACCAAAUAAAGAGCUCUUCUAAGACUACCACAGCUGAAGGCAUUGAUCACAACGAUUCUUCAGUAACUAAACCUCAGUCCAACUGUUUCAUCAUUUCACCAGAAGCCAGGAAAAGUCUAUCAUAUGAAAUCAACAGCUGUUUAGACCAGCCAACCAUGCCAGCCAACUCUCAAUUAGUUCAGCCAUUACAAACAUUCCGUCUAGAGAGUAACAGCACUGGACCGUUUAUUCUGGGACAUAUUGAUAACUCGGUGUCUUCUUCCGGUGGUCAAGCUUCACAACAAAGAAGACGAACUUUACCAAACUUUCAGGCGAUGGAACAAAUGCCCUGCUGUGAAUUUAGAUCUAGUCGUUGUUCCUUGUAUCAGUCUCAAAGAUCCAGCAGAACUUUCAGCCAAGAAUUUCAAACUGAUACCAACGACGUUAGACUUAACAGAAGAAGUCGAGUAGAAAAACGUAUAAGAAAAAUUAUAGCGGCAGCCAUGUUAGGCUUAACACUAUGUAUGUUACAAUUGUACAGUGUACUAGGACCUCACGGGUUAUUUGCUGAAAGUUCAAACGUCAGCGUCGUGCCAUGGUUUUGUUUUCAAACUGUUUGCAGAAUUGUGGAGUUCCUCCUGGGAUAUCUUCUUAUCAGUAUUACUAAAUAUUCUCUCCAUUCUUACUGUUGCCGUGAUAAUCGAUCGUCUUGUAAAACCUGAAGUUCUUAUUUCUGGCAAUUGUUUAUGAAAGAGGUGAUGUUUGAACUGUAUAUUCUUUAUGAACUGUUUAUCAGAACAAAUAUACCACUUUCGUACAUUUAAACCAUAGUAAACACACUUUACGUGUUUAUGUUUUAUGCUGUUGUUUUGUUUUGUUUUAGAUAAAGGGUAUCGCCUACUUGAUGGGAAUACAUGUAGUAGUCCCACCUGUUAUUACACUUCAAUCUACAGCUAAUCACCCAGAAGUCAAGUAUUAGAAGGAUCCUGCUGAAUGUGUUUGUGCUAGAUAUGGUUAAGCAAUAUAUAUAAAGCUUUACUCUGUUUGAAGAAACAGUCUAGGGGAAGACUGAACAAUAUGUUGAAGAUACAGUUGAUAGCAGUGAGUUGAAAUGAAGAUUGACAGUUUCGUCCUGAAGAAGAAAAUACAUUUAACGAUAACCGAAACAAGAAAGAUUGCAUAUUGCCGCUGUACAUUGUAAUAAUAUAAUGACCUAACUAUUUCACUUUACUUAAUGUUUCGUAAAGGCUUACGAAGUAAUUUUUUAUUGUUAUUGUUGUUGUUGUUGCUGUUGGAGUUUUUGGAUGUUAUAAUACUUUAAUUCCCAACAAUAUAAUUUACUUGUUUUAAAAAAAUCGUGUGUAGAAUGUAUUAAUGGAAACUAGGGAAUUAAACACGAUUUUAAUUUAGAGCGUUUCAAUCAAUAUACUCAACUUAGCAAACCUAAAUAAUAUUAAAACAUAAAAAUAUCUUCUUUGGUAUGAUCAAAUCUUACUAGAAUCUAUAAAUGAAAGUAAGAAUAAUAUGUGUGCUUUGAAAAUGAUCAAAACUUAGUUUUGAGAACAAUUUGUACUUUUUGCAAACGUGUAAUAACUAAAUGCAAUCGAAAUAAUAUAAAUUGGAGUUUAUUUACGGUGUAAUUAGUAGUUAGGUCAUGGUGUUUUUGUUAAUACAAACGAUCAAAUAUUUUAGGUUAAACUGACUUUGAAUAUAUAAAUCAAGAAGUCACGUGGCAACAACAGCCGAUAUAAAGUUGCGAUGAAACUACUACAUUUUGGCAUUGUUUGGCGUUUCGCAGGUAGUGUGAUGGCACCGAAAGUUGGUCGAUUUUGGAAAGGGUAUGUAACGGUCAUUUCUGACAUAAAAUGUUCAUACACAUAGACCACAAAGAUAUGUUUAUAUCGGGAAUUUAAAAUUUCCAAGAUGGGGAUAUCCCUUGUACUUAAUGGCAUUGGAAAACAAAGGAACAUAGGCCACUUUGGGGCACCAGGAUCAUCCAGAAAUAGACUUACGUCAAGUAGUACCCAAUCCGUGGUACGCAAAGUGUGGCGUCUUGUAACAGGUAAGAAUCUACGAACACUAAGGUCAGUAGCAAAAACCGUCCAUAUGCAGCAGGCAACAAUAAGCAACAUAAACCAAGGAAGAUCACUGUCUGAAAAAGCUAGAAAAGUCACGUAUACACAAGUUGCUUCCAUGACAUGUCUGUUUAAUACUUGCAUACCUCAAACGGAUAUUUGCGCUAUUUGUUAUGAAGGCAUGUCGAUCAUGUCGCUGGAUGCAGUACCUAUGAAUGUCUGUGCAAUUGGAGAGUUAAAACAGACGCUGGAAAACCGUCGUCCUCGCACACUAGAUAACUUAUUGAAAGUAUUUAGGAAGAAGUAUGUGCUUUAGACACGACAGCCUUACGACAGAGCCUUUUGUAAUGGAAAUUACGCUGAAGACCUAUUGUCAAAAUGCACAGUCGCCAGAUAAAAUGCGACUAGACAUGGUGAUAUGGACUGAAGUGAUAUGGCGAGGAUUCAAAUUCGUUUUAAUAUAACAUACUCGGCCUUCUGUACUGUCUAUUGAUUUUUUACUUCAAAGUAAAAAUUAGCAGUUAGAUUUUUCCUAUUCCUAUUAAAAAGAAGCAGAAGCGAACACAGUUUUAGAUUUUGUUUUGUUUGUAAUUAAACACAAAGCUACACAAUGGGCUAUCUGUACUCUGCC